AGGAAACAAGGACGGUGGUGCCAAACUAUUACAAUGAGAAUGAUGCAGUUGUGUUCAUCUAUCGCGUUGUGAGAGACUAGGUUCCUGCCAGCAGCUGCUACGUAUACUCUCACCAUCACCCAGGAUGUGACAAGGUGAUGGUGAGAUGGUGAGGUGAUGGUGACGUCACAGCCAGCAGCUGUGACGUCUACUCUCACCAUCACCCAAGAUAUGCUCACCUCAACCAUCAAUUUCUCCUUCAAAAAACAAAGAAAACAAUAAUACUACAGUUACCGUUUACACCUAAGCAAACUGUCAUAUAUUGAUCCAGAUUACGCUGGAAGCUGUCCAACGAGCAUACCGCUGAUAUACUAUUCGGCAAACUUCCUAAAUGAAAACUUUGUUAAGUUAAAUUAAAACCCCAUUGUUUUACAUUCUGGUUUACCUUUAUAUUAUUUACACUAUAAAUAUCACAUUUGUAGCUCAUCAACCACUUGAAUACUUCACUGAUGUCACUCCUUGAUCUUCUUACUAACAAAUGUAAAUGGUUUCUGUAUUCUUUAUUAGUGUGGGAAAUUUGUUCUGCUCGGGAUUAUCUUAUUAUAAGAUGAUCCUUAUUUUUAUUAUCAUAAGGAAUAUUAUAUUAUUAGUUGAAAGAAUGUUGAUAAAAGUUGAUAAAAUUAUAAGUUGAAAGAAAAAGUAACUUUUUCGUUCAACUCCUUUAAUUGAAAUUUUGUCCAUCUUGUACCGUGAUGCCCUAAAUUGAAUGGCAUAAUCCUAGUAGUGCCUAACAUGGGUGAGAUAAUCCUAGUAGUGCCUAUCAUGGGUGAGAUAAUCCUAGUAGUGCCUAUCAUGGGUGAGAUAAUCCUAGUAGUGCCUAACAUGGGUGAGAUAAUCCUAGUAGUGCCUAUCAUGGGUGAGAUAAUCCUAGUAGUGCCUAACAUGGGUGAGAUAAUCCUAGUAGUGCCUAUCAUGGGUGAGAUAAUCCUAGUAGUGCCUAUCAUGGGUGAGAUAAUCCUAGUAGUGCCUAUCAUGGGUGAGAUAAUCCUAGUAGUGCCUAACAUGGAUGAGAUAAUCUUAGUAGUGCUUAUCAUGGGUGAGAUAAUCCAAGUAGUGCCUAUCAUGGGUGAGAUAAUCCAAGUAGUGCCUAUCAUGGGUGAGAUAAUCCUAGUAGUGCCUAUCAUGGGUUAGAUAUUUCAAGUAGUGCCUAUCAUGGGUGAGAUAAUCCUAGUAGUGCCUAUCAUGGGUUAGAUAAUUCAAGUAGUGCCUAUCAUGG